UCUUGCGCUACUCCCAUCAUCUACGAUGCCCUUGUUGGCGGUGGCGCAACCAGGCUAUCGGCUGCGCUGACUCUGGCCCGCGUUUGUCGUUCUUCCAUCGUCUUCGACUAUGGAGAGUAUCGCAAUCACGGCGCAAAAGAGAUGUACACAUUUCUGUCUCGAGAUGAGAUCUCUCCAGAGUCGUUCCGUUCCAUUGCACGACAGCAGAUUGAAGAGAAAUAUUUGAGCCAAGUCUCGUUCAAGGCUGCAAAGAUUGUUACAAUCACCAACACUGAGAUUCUUCCCGGCUACGAAGGCUUC